AGGGCAUCUUCAAAGUUUUCUUCUUUAAAUUAAUCACAUUUUGUGCUUUUAUAAAAGUUAGUCUCUAAUAAGUAGUGGUAUCGGUUUAAAUCUUAUUGGUUGCUUUUUAAUCAAGCUAUAGUUUUCAUUAUUUAUUAUGGCAUCGAAGUUGGAAGAUUCGACCGUACCAUACCUGGAUCAGUGUCGCGUUAUAUGUUUAAUGUUUGCCAAACAUUCAUGCUCGGAGGAAGAAGCAACAUCGGAUAUCCAACAAUUUCUACAAAACGAAAUACAAGCUUUUGAAUUUUCCCUAGAUCAUUUUUUAUGUGCCUCUGAAAAAUUGAGAAAUCUCGCAUUGUGUGAAAAGGAAAAUGAUGUGAAGGUAAAAAGAUCUGUAGAUAUUAUAAUGAGCAGAAACCUAGAUCAGAAAGUUUAUGACGAUGAAGCAGUUUCUUUGGUUGGUGGAGAUGAAGUAAACUCAUGGCAACAGGUUGCUAUGUUGCUUCAGUUGAUGUUUGACGUAAUUAAGUCUCAUCAAUACACUUGUAUGGAAGAGAUUGUUGACAUGAGUGCCAGGUGCUUGCGUAAUCUUUCAAAGGAUUUUAUUUUAAUAAAUGGUUGGGUACCCACUGAUCGUACAACACAUUUAACAUCAGAGAUAUCUUCUAGUAUUGUCAUAGUUCCUUCAGGGAUUGAAGAAGAAAUUCAUCAAUUAGCCAAAGAUGAUGAAUAUGAAAGUUAUGAUUCUGCAACUCCACCAGAAAUAUUGGAAAAGCCUCCCAUGACAGCAUCAUUGAUUGACAUGCUUGGUGGGGGGGAUGCUAAUGUUCAAAACCUUAGAUUAGAACAAGCAAACGAUGGUAAUGGAUUUGAAAUGGUUGCUUCUGUAGCUUCACAAGAUGCUCCCAAUGAGCCACACCAAACAGUUGAUCAUUCUAUAAAAGAUAACGUUGAACAGAUUUCUUCUGAUAGUAAUAUUGGAAAUUUUAUUCCCCAUAUUUCAAUUGGAGUUGCUGCUGCAGCUGCUUGCAUUGGGUUUAUUUUGUUGAAGAAAAGUUCUUAGUCUCCCAAUGUGGUGUAUGAGACAGGAGAGUGCAAUGCUAUGUUAUGUUGAAGUUUGCCAGUACACAUUAUUUAUGUUUAUGUUGCAAAGAAAUCUUAAUCGUGAUCAACUGUGAUUGCCACUAUGUUGCUUUAAUCGAUUUAUUUUGUAUGUUAGAUAUCCUUUAACUGUAUUUGUGGGGAGCAGGUAUCUGUUAAGCGAAUCAAAUAUAAGCAAUAAAGGAUGGCAGAACGGGAA